GGACACGGUGCGGUGUAGCGUCCUCCGUUCAGUUCGUUUCAGCGUUUGCCUCGAGAAAGUUGCGUGUCACGGUUCAUCGAACAGCUUACGGUUAGAGGUCGCAAGUUAAAUCAAGCAAGCAACAUUAUAUUAUCCAUGGAAAAGGCAAAACGGAAACAUUAAAUGAAAUCUCAAGUGUUUUACCCUGGAAAAUAAUAGAAAAACCAAGAGAGCGAGGAAAAAUGAUGAACAUGAAUCCACUGUCCCAUCCCCCACUGCAGUCUCUGUCACAUCCACAACUAAGCCAGCACCAGAACCAGCACCAGCUUCAGGCCCAGCCACUUCAUCCCAGCCACCCGAACCAUUACGGCGAGUCCCAGUCCCGGGCAUUACCAGCAAUCAACGAGACAUUUCCGCAAUUUAGUCAACAUCGUCCGGCGAUUUCAUUGCUGUCCCCGCUGGAUCUGUCGCUGCGUGCAGCGGCCAGCAUUGUGCCAAUUACACCGCCAUCGACGCCCUCGCCGCCCCGCAAGCGCCAGAGAUUAAUGUCCGAGGAGAAUUACCUGUGGCGGCCGCACAUGGUGAACACACCAGCCCCAGCCCCAGCACCAGCUUCAGCACCAGCUCCGGCCCCAGCUCCGGCCCCAGCUCCGGCUCUGCCUGCAACAGCAACAGCCUCUCAUGCUAUACUCGGGAUGCAGCCAGCCACCAGCUACUUUCAUCAUCUCCACCAUCACCAUCAUCAUCAGCAGCAGCAGCAGCAGACGCAUCAGGGGGGCAACUGCUAUGGCAUGCGCGGCUUUGAGGGGGCGUCGUUGUCCUUUAAUAAAAGUAAUUUUCACGAGACAAAAAAUAACUUUGAGCAAAUUCCGGCAAGUCAAUCGAGCGUGUCUCGCCCCCUUCCCCUUCCCGUUCCCGUUGCCAGCUCGCCCAUCUAUGUGGAUGAUGAGACCAUCGUGUUGACCGAGGACGAGGAUGAAACAGUUGUCAGUUCCCAUGACUACAAUGAGGAUGCCACGGACACGGAGGAAGUCAACGACGGUGAUGAUGAGACGGUCCAGGUUCAAGUCAGCGAUGAGACCCAAGAACUUGAGGUCGAGGCGGAUGCCCGUGUGGCGGGCAGCGCUAAAGCUGACGAUGACGACGAUGAUGAGGAGGAGGUCUUUGUCGAUGUCCUGGGCAGUGACGAUGAUGAGACUGUGGACCUGCAGAGCCCCGCCUUGAGACUGCAGGCCGAACUUCUCGACCCCAAGGCCCUGAAACGUAAUGAAGUCCUGUACGAGGACGAGGAGCUGCACAAUCAAGCCGUGGAUGGCUUGGCCCGAUUGUUUGAAAGGGACUUUCAACAGCCAGAGAUGGAGGCAGCCAAAGAGGAGCUAGCCGCAGCCCGAGAAGAGCUGCUCAUCGAGAAAACCUACACGGAUCUGAGUUGCGUUGGAGCUGGGGCCGAGCACCAGCCAUCGCCACUGAUGGCAUCCCUUCCACCGGCAGCACCAGCUCCCCCCAUGCGGACACACAAGACCGAACGGAAGCGGGCCAAGCUUCGCAAGCACACGGCCAUUGAUGAGGAGACCAUAAGUCCCGUGUCCGGCACCAUCAUACGCAAGCUGCGCGACGAUGAGGAGCUGGUCGUGCGCAAAGGUGACAUUGAUCCGGCUUUCAAUGUGGUGGAAAUCACCGAGGAGGCCAAGGCCAUCCUUGCGAGCAUCGAUAAUAAGAUUGGCGACUACUUGUGCCAGCUUUGUCGCACCAUCUACGACGAUGCCUUCAUGCUGGCCCAGCACCGCUGUCCCCGCAUCGUCCACAUCGAGUACAAGUGCUCCGAGUGCGAGAAGGUCUUUAAUUGCCCAGCCAAUCUAGCAUCCCACAGACGCUGGCAUAAGCCCAAGGCGGACGCGGCUGCGGCUGCGGCUACGGCUGGCAAGAAGCGACAGGGCACCCUGAGCGAAUCGAGCGACCCCAACCAGGAGGCAGACAGAGUCCACGAUGAAGCUAGUGAUGGCAUCUAUCCGUGUCAUCUGUGCGGCAAGACCUUCCGACGCCAUGCCUACCUUAAGAAACAUCAGGCUUCCCACCAGAUGCUGGAGAAUCUCAAGAACCUCGACUUCUUUAAGGCCCAACAGCAGCAGCAGCAGCAUCAACAGCAUCCACACCCCCUACCGGAGCACCCACAAUUACAACAGUCGUCGGCGCACGGCCCAGCCACUGCCACAACGUAUGGUCCAUUGCCACGCCCUCCUCAUGGAAUACCCAUUUAUCCCCCGGCCGCGUCAAAGAGUUAUGUGGGUGGACAGCGGUUUCCCGGCUUUCCCUUCCAGCCCUUCGAUCAACGGCGCUUCUACUCUCUGGGCGAGUUCUAUCUGUCGCAGCACUUGGAGCGCUCCUCGGCCUUUCAGUAUGUCCAGGCGAAUCAUCUAAGGCAGCUGUCGAAUGUGGCCCAAAAUCUGCUGCCCCCGAUGCCCGUCAAAUGACCCAACCACACCACAAACGUACUGCGGCCCGUGCCCCGUAUUGCAGCCACCACAGCUGCAGGCCC